CCGCCCUCCCCAUCCCUUCCCCCAAAUUAAUUCUCGCGGCCUGGGCUUUCAACCUACUCUUCCCUUCCAUACGCACUCAUCUCGUCCGCUACGGUCUUCACUCGUUCUUGACCUGCGCUUCUCGUUGUAAUUACUACAUACUACCAUCGCUUAAUACUCUCUCCUACACCUUCCUGUAGAAACAAACUUUCGUUGCGCUCCCCUAAGACGAACCUUUUCCCAUCCUCUAUCGUCCGAACGCCAUCGUUUCGUCCCGAACCCACGCCGACUCGAGUCAAUCACGAAGCCGGGAUCCCCAGAUUAUCAGCCAAACUCUGUUUUUAAUCUUCCGAACAUCAACAACUUCGAUAUCGAAUUCGAUCUCGACCCGGUCAUUCGGACGAGCCUUGUACGACCACUUUCCGCCCUUGUCACAGACGGAUACACAAGUCAUCAGACACCCGAAUUCCUCCCCGCCGCGGCAGUAAACACGCCGACACUAUCCCACCGUUACCCGCGGGCGGCGAAAGUCCAAUAGGUCACCAUCGAACCUCGAACUUCAUUCGCAAAACCAGUAUCGACAUCUUCUCGCAUACCUCCGGGUUGCCAGCAAUUUUUCGUUCGACAACUCCGUUGUAAAUCCGUAAUACAAAUCCAGCACCAUACACAUUCACUCCAACAUGUUGUCGGUUCUUCCCAUGGGCCUCGCCCUCCUCGGUGCUUCUACCGUUCUCGCCCAGACGCCUCCCUCAUGCUCCCUCACCCAGAAGUGCCCUGAGAGCGCACCAUGCUGCUCCCAAUAUGGCCAAUGCGGUACUGGUGCCUUCUGCCUCGGCGGUUGUGAUCCCCGAAUGUCCUUUUCGCUCGACGCCUGCGUUCCCGCCCCCGUCUGCCAGGAUAAGAAGAUGUCCAUGAACUCGCUAGACAAAAUCGUUGAUAUCAGCAAGUACUACGGUGACCCGAGCAAGGCCGACUGGGUUUCCCAAGGUGAGCCUGCGCUGUACAACAAGGAGGCCGUUCUCCUCACGAUGCCCGCUAAGAGCGUCGGAACUGUCCUUGCCUCCUCUACCUACCUUUGGUACGGCAGUGUCUCCGCAAAGAUCAGAACAUCGCGUGGUCCUGGCGUCGUGACGGCCUUCAUCUUGUAUGGUGACGUGAAGGACGAGAUCGACUACGAAUGGGUCGGUGCCGACCUGGAGAUGUCCCAGACCAACUACUACUUCCAGGGUAUUCCCAAGUACGACCAGUCUGGCAACAUCUCCCUCUCUGACACGUUCAACAACUGGCAUACGUACGAGAUUGAGUGGACCCCCGAUGAAAUCAAGUGGAUGGUAGACGGUCAGGUUGGCCGAACCAAGAAGCGCUCCGACACAUGGAACGCGACUGCCCAGCAGUGGGACUUCCCUCAAACGCCCGCCCGUGUCCAGCUGUCCAUCUGGCCCGGUGGUGCCGACACCAACGCCAAGGGUACCAUCGACUGGGCCGGAGGUCCCAUCAACUGGGAGCACGAGGACAUCAAGAAGAACGGAUACUUCUAUGCCAUGGUCAAGGAUGUCGAGAUCAACUGCUACAAUGCCAAGAGCUCUCCCGGCACCAACAGCAAGAAGAGUUACUACUACAACAGCAUGAAGGCUACCAACGACACUGUUGUGGACAGCGACAAGGACACCGUUCUGAAGAGCUUCCUCGGCACGGGUCUCGACAUGAACGCAGGUGCCUCAUCGGCUUCCGGCACCGGCACCGCGGCGCAGCCUACCGCCUCAGCAGCCACGAUUCCGGGUGGAAGCAGCUCUGGCACGGGCAAUGACCACAGCGACAGUGGCAGCAGCUCCUCCGGCUCCGGGUCUUCUGGCUCAGGCUCCGGUGAUUCAUCCGGCUCCGGUUCCGGCAGCAGCAGCGGUUGCGGUAACAGUGGCUUCUCGCAAGACUGCAACAGUGGUUCCAGUGGCAGCUCCGGCUCAACAAGUGAGGGCUUCCGCCGUGAGUCCUCAUUCGGCGCCAGCGCCUUUGCCGCACUUGUGGCUGCCACUGCUCUCUUCUGGCUAUGAAGUAGAGACUAGAAUGUGGGGUUUGGGUUUCAAAAAUUGGUAUAAUGGAUAACGUGAUGCGCUUGCUUGGUUUCGAUUCGGGCUACUUGUAUGUAAUGAGAGCAUUCCUUUCUUUGAAGCAUUGUUAUGAAGGUAUUUUGGGUAAUGGCGCUUGCCGUCCAUUCAUUUGGUAAGGGGAUUGGGUCAACCAAAUCGCAUAUGCAGUCGGCCGUUUGCGAGCUUUGAAUUCAAAGCCGGUGUCUGUACAUAUGGUAGAGCUGCGCAAUCAACAGAGCUUGAAGUCUUGAAGUCAUCCAUGGGUUUGUUUGGAUUUGCUUAUCACAUCGCGACUUGAGUGAGGUCCAGCGGAAAAGCAAUGGUUAGUCUCUGUUGAAAGAUGGAUGAUGACUGCAGGCAAACACAAUGCUGACGUUGUAGCAUCCAGUGAGAGGGGUUACUGGAGACAUUACACAGCUGCUGCCGUAGCAUCCGAGAGGAGGCCGAACGGCGGCCGGGGGCGUAUCGGAGGUCAGAAAGGCCGGAAUGAGACGGCUAAGCGGUGAUGGGCCGCCGAAGAGAUAGAUGCCCGGAAGCUUGUUGGGCAUCUCAUUCUAGGCAGCCGAGGCGGUGUGAGGUUUCACCUUGGAUGCAUCCAAGAUGUUUGUUGGAAAGUUGAUGCGGCGUAGGUUGUCAGAGAGGUAUGUAUUGAUGCGGCGCGGGACAGGAAAGUUGGGGACGGGGACGGGAUUUGGUUGUUGGUUGCGUUUUGUUAUUCUCGAUGAUGAUGUGUCGAAUGUCCCAGGACCAAAUGGUGACAAUUAAGUUACGGAGCACUUUAGGCGACGAAUAGUGAUGAGCGAGACGCGGGAUGAAUGGGGGCCAUGCGAAGGACGAAAGAGUGGUGUUUCGCGAGGCGAGGAGUCUGGCGAGUUGGAGCGAAAGGCGCGAGCUGAGCCACAGGCUUGGCUGUUGGUUGGGCCGUCGGGG